CUCUCGCCCAAGAAAUUCUACUCCGCUGAGAUUACUAUUUGGGGGCUGGAAGGGGGGAAUGAAGAGGUUUUUAGGACCCAGCAGGCGGCGGCAGGCGGCAGUUGUGUAGAUCGCUGAGAGACUACGAGGGUCCGGUUCAGUUUUAAUUCUGUCUCUAAUCUCUGCAACAGCGGCGCUUCCUGGGUCCCGCGGCUCCCCUGCUCACUCAGCCGAGGCUGGCCGCUGGGCGAAAAUCAAAGCCGCCUCCGCCCCAUCACCCACGAUGGAAACCCUCCAAGAAAAAGUGGCCCCGGACGCGUGUGCCUAAGGAUUCCGCAUAAAAGAAGUGCCCAAAAUGAAGACCCUGGUGCGCCAUGGUCUGGCAGUGUGUUUAGCGCUCACCACCAUGUGCACCAGCUUGUUGCUCGUGUACAGCAGCCUCGGAGGCCAGAAGGAGCGGCCCCCGCAGCAGCAGCAGCAGCAGGCAGCGGCGACCCUCAGCUCGCGGCGGUCGGCAGAGAGCAGCCCCCCGCCGCGCCCGGAGACCCCCGCGGGACCGCGGCCACUGGACGGAUACCUCGGCGUGGUGGACCACAAGCCGCUGAAAAUGCACUGCAGGGACUGCGCCCUGGUGACGAGCUCCGGGCAGCUGCUGCGCAGCAGGCAAGGCGCCCAGAUUGACCAGACUGAAUGUGUCAUUCGCAUGAACGACGCCCCCACGCGUGGCUACGGGCGGGACGUGGGCAACCGCACCAGCCUGCGGGUCAUCGCUCAUUCCAGCAUCCAGCGGAUCCUCCGCAACCGCCACGACCUGCUCAACGUCAGCCAGGGCACCGUGUUCAUCUUCUGGGGACCCAGCAGCUACAUGCGUCGCGACGGCAAGGGCCAGGUCUACAACAACCUGCAGCUGCUGAGCCAGGUGCUGCCCCGGCUGAAGGCCUUCAUGAUCACGCGCCACAAGAUGCUGCAGUUCGACGAGCUCUUCAAGCGUGAGACCGGCAAAGACAGGAAGAUCUCCAACACUUGGCUUAGCACUGGCUGGUUCACAAUGACAAUAGCCCUGGAACUCUGUGACAGGAUCAAUGUUUAUGGCAUGGUGCCCCCAGACUUCUGCAGGGAUCCCAACCACCUUUCAGUACCUUAUCACUAUUAUGAACCUUUUGGACCUGAUGAAUGUACAAUGUACCUGUCUCAUGAGCGAGGACGGAAGGGCAGUCAUCACCGCUUUAUCACAGAGAAACGAGUCUUUAAGAACUGGGCACGAACAUUCAAUAUUCACUUUUUUCAACCAGACUGGAAACCAGAAUCUCUUGCCAAUAGUCAUUCUGAGAAUAAACCUGUGUUCUGA